AUCCCAUACUAGGGUAUAAAGAAACGAAUACAAAGACAAUCAUUCAAGGCCUCCCAAGGUUCACCCGCAGUUUGAGAAAUGGUGAAUGACUACAAGAAAAUUGUUCUUCUGUCAGGACUAAAGGGUAUCAGUGACCAUAAUUUUAAAAUAGUUAAGUCCUUGUUGAGCAAAGAACUAAAACUAAACAGACAAGCACAAUAUGGUUAUGACAGAAUUAAGAUCGCUGACUUGAUGGAGGACAAGUUUCCAAAAGAUGCUGGAAUAGACACACUGAUAGAACUGUAUAAAGAGAUUCCAGAACUUGAAGACCUUGCUGAUGAACUCAAAAGAGAGAAGGCAAAAGCUAAAAGGAAACAGACAGAGAAAAGCAUAACUGAGGCAAAAAGACACAGGCGAGAUGAACCCAGUACUUCUCAACCUAUGCCCACCAUACAUGAAGAUUCAAAACCAGGAUCAGGCAGGAGUACACGGAACUCACAGGCUCCCCGACUAGCUCCAGCAACUGCUUCUAAGAGGGACCAAGCCACUCAAGUGUCUCCAGAAACAUCAUCUUGCGGUGUCCAAACUUUCCAAGUGCCUCUAACCUCAGCAUCCAGCAGUACCCAGGCCCCUGGAGUGUUUCUAGCAAUACCAGCCAAGAAACCAAGACUGAAGACUGUACCUGAGCAACCUUCUGAGGAAAAUGGUCAACACCCAGGUCCCAAAAAAGUGAUGGUGUUAAAAGCAACAGAACCAUUCACAUAUGACCUGAAAAGAGAGAAAAGGAUGUUCCAUGCCACAGUGGCCACUGAGACUGAAUUCUUCAGAGUGAAGGUGUUUGAUAUUGUUCUGAAAAAGAAGUUCAUCCCCAACAAGGUCAUUACCAUCUCAAAUUACUUUGGUCUCAACGGGUUCAUAAAUAUACGCAGUGCCACCAGUGUGUCAGAGGUAAAUGGUAACCAAUCAAUGAAUAUCCCAACUACACUGAGACAAAGAGCCAAUGCAACACCUAAAAUCAAUUAUCUUUGCUCAAAGAGAAGAGGAAUAUUUGUGAAUGGAGUGUUUAUGGUAAAUAAGAAAAAUGAGAUGAAGGACUGCAUUUGCUAUGAAAUCCAAGAUAACACAGGGAUGAUGGAAGUGAUGGUCUAUGGACGACUGACCAGUGUUAACUGUAAUCCAGGAAAUAAACUUAGACUCAUGUGCUUUGAAUUAACAGAUAAGGAUAAAGUGCACCUGAGAUCUACGAGGCACAGUAACAUGAAGGUCAUCAAGGCUGAGAAAUGCUCGCCCAUACUUUUAGAGAUGGUGAAUGAAUACAAGAGAAUUGUUCUUCUGAAAGAAUUGCAGUGUAUCAGUGACUAUGAUUUUAGAAUAGUUAAGUCCUUACUGAUCCAUGACCUACAACUGACUAAGAAAGUGCAAGACGAGUAUGACAGAAUUAAGUUGCUGGAUGACGCUUCUCUGACGACAACUGAGAUAGUUGAAAAUAAAAGCAAAAGAAAAGCCGAACAUGUUGCAAUAGGACCCAGUCAGAACGAAUCCAGCACUUCCCACUUUGUCUCCAACACAGAGGAAGUCUUGGAACUAGGAUCAACUAUGGCAACGCCUUCAUCAAAGAAACCUGAAGACACACUCACCAAAUCACCUGACAUCGUGACAACACAGUCAUUCCAGGAAGAGCAUAAACUUCCAGAACUUUCAACGGCCAACAGAUGCCCAGUUGUGAGUGAACCACAGACUCCUCAGGGGCUUCCAACGACAGCCUGCAGCAGCCUGCAGACUCCCCUGGAGCCUCCAGAAGUAUCACACGUCAUAUUGACAACAUCCCAGGGUCCUUUAGCACCAUUUUCCACCAGUGAUCGGACUUCUCUGGUGUCUCCAGUGAUGGCCUCCAGAAGCAUCCACACCUCUCAGAAACCAAGACUGAAGACUGUACCUAAGCAGCCUUCUCAGGAAGAUGGUCACCACCAAGAUCCCAAACAAGUGAUGGUAUUAAAAGCAACACAACUAUUUACAUAUGACAUGAGAGAAAAUAGAAUGAUGUUCCAUGCCACAGUGGCCACUGAGACUGAAUUCUUCAGAGUGAAGGUUUUUGACACAGUCCUAAAGAAGAAGUUCAUCCCCAACAACAUCAUUGUCAUCUCAGAUUACAUUGGCCACAAUGGUUUUCUAGAAAUAUGCAGAGGCUCCAGCGUAUCUGAUGUGAAAGGCACCAAUAUGAUGGAUAUUCCAGUUUCCCUGAGACAAAGAGCCAAUGCAACACCUAAAAUAAAUACUAUUUGUUCACAAAGAGUAGGGACAUUUGUGAAUGGAGUGUUUUCUGUGUAUGUGGUUAUUAUUGUGUUAUUUUGUAAAAUUUCAUUUGCAACCACAGAUUUUAAGUCGUAA